UUUUAGGGAGUUUGCAAUUUGAAGCUGGUCCUUGUGACGACACAGCAUACGUCGCUCUGCGUCAUCAUAUCGUGAACAGCGCUCAAACGGGGAGGACGUGGGAUGAAACUGUGUGCAGUGCUUCAUUAGAAACAUUGUUUUAUUAUUUUUCAAAUGUUUCUAAUAUCGGAAUUAUAAAGUACAAAGUUUAGGAUAGGUUCAACAAAAAGUCGCCGCCAUCAUGGCGUCGGACGAACAAUUUUCACUAUGUUGGAACAAUUUCCAUGCAAAUAUGUCAGCAGGCUUUCAUGGCCUGCUGUCGCGUGGAGAUCUAGUAGAUGUAACAUUGGCUGCCGAAGGCAGAUUAUUACAGGCACACAAAUUAGUUUUAUCAGUAUGUUCUCCCUAUUUCCAAGAAAUGUUCAAAAUGAAUCCAACUCAACAUCCGAUAGUAUUUUUAAAAGAUGUUAGUCAUUCAGCGUUAAGAGACUUAUUACAGUUUAUGUACCAAGGUGAAGUUAAUGUUAAGCAAGAAGAGUUAGCAUCGUUUAUUAGUACCGCGGAACAACUUCAAGUGAAAGGUUUAACCGGUAAUCAAAAUGAAGAAAGUUCCACGCCAUCCAAACCAAAGCCGACGUCGAGGCCAGGCCCGAGGUCGUCACAACAAAGGCAAUCUGUUAUGACUAAGUUAGAGACUGAUUUAGAUUCUAAGCCCUCCUCAACUCCAGUAGCCGUUAAGAGACCAAAUAGGCCAUCAAUAGCAUCGAAUAAUUCGUCAUCUUCACAAAGUGGACCUGCGAAACGAAAAUGCGUAGACCCCUUGGAAGCGGGACCUUCUGGGUCCGCAAAAGAGGAAUUCGUUACGAUACCCGACGAAGAUGAAAACAAUGCUGUGGCACCCAAAAUGGAACCCGAAUUUGUUAACGAAAGUAUGUGGGAUGACGAUGAUGAUGGCACGAACAAUGAUGAAACGAAUUUCGGUGAAGACGACUCUAACAUGGAAAUGACUGGUUUUGAUGGCUCUGCGACUGGCGAUGGUAAUUUAACUGGAGGCGGCGAAGGUGGAGCAGUAGGCGACGCACAAGGUAGGUUCGCAAUUCCUUGUAACGAGUAGUUUGUAGAUUUAGAAAUCUGCGAUCUACUCUUAUUUAUUUUACCUACAUGAUCUAAGUAAUUAAAAUAUUCAAUCGCAUUUGAAGCAUUUUGUGAUCAUGUAGGUAUCUUAGUUAUAGGAAUGAGAUUUGUAAGUUAGAUUUAAGUAGCGUAGAAUAGACAUGGUUAACGAUUUA